UCUUUCGGACACAAUUGCUACCGCAAUCCGUUCUUUCUCUUUCUCAACUACAGUCAUUCUUUCUUAAUAAACCGGUCAAACCAACCGUCAUAAUGAAGUUCAACGGAAUUGUUGCCUCGCUGGCUAUUGCCAGCACUGCUUCCGCCGCUGCCAUCCCCCGCGAUGUUGCCGUUCAGCAGGCUCUCGACCAGGUGACCACUGUCGCCGGUAACGUUGACAACCUUGUCAACGGCCUCGUUGGCGGCCUCCUCGGCUGCAGUGACGUUACCAAGGUCCAGCAGGGUAUGCUUCAGCUCCCAUCCGACAAUUUCUUGACGACAGGGCACCUGAAUAGGCUAACACGUUUUGAUAUCAACAGAGCUUUCCAACGUCAAGACCCAGCUCUCCAAGGCUCUCCCCGUCAAGCGUGACAUUACUUCCGAUGUCACAGACACCGCCGGCAACGUUGUCGACGAAGCCACCAGCGGUAUGUGCCUGAACACCCAUUAGAAGCCAAGAAUGAAGCUGAC